AUGGCCGCCAGAGCCCACGACGUGGCGGCAAUCGCUUUGAGAGGGAAGUCGGCCCCGCUCAACUUCGAAGACUCCGCGUGGAUGCUGCCGCGUGUGGCGUCGAGCAGCGCGGAGGAGAUACGGCGUGUUGCGUCGGAGGCGGCGGAGAGGUUCAGGCCAGUGGUGUCUUCGCCGAGGCAACCGAUGCCUUCUCCGUCGACAUUGUCGUCGCGGCCGCCGCCAGCGGUGUUCGUGGACGAGGAGGCGCUGUUUAAUAUGUCGGGGUUGCUGAAGGAGAUGGCGGAGGGGUUGAUGCUGACGCCGCCGGAGAUGGGGGAGAGGGAGAGGGAGGAGUAG